AUGGAAGACAAAAAGACCGCCACCGUCGACACCGAGGCCGUUGUCGACAUUCGAUCCGACGAUGCCACCCCGGUUGUCUAUGUUGAUCCUGAAAAAGAAGCAUCCGCUCGAUGGAAAUUCGACACGUAUCUCGUCCCGGUGUCCCUCAUCUUCAUUGUCUUGUCCGCGUUGGACCGAAACAAUGUGGGAAAUGCUGUGAUCUUCGGCUUCAAAGAGGACUUGGGCCUCGUGGGCAACCAGUUUAACAACAUCCAAACGCUGUCCAGCUUCUGCAGCUUUGCCGGUGAGCUUCCGUGGACGCUGGUGGUCCGACGCUUUGGUGCGAGGAAAGCGCUCGGCACUGCCUUUCUGCUGUGGAGCAUCUGCACGCUUGGAACGGCCUUUAUCCACACAUACGGGCAAGCCAUCGCUGUCCGCAUGAUUCUGUGCGCCUGCGAAGGCGGGCUGUCGCCAGGUUUUGCCUUUGUGUACUCGACCAUCUACCCGCAAGAACAAGCCGGCAAGCGCAUCAUGACCACCAACCUCGCCCAGUGCAUUUCUGGCGCAUUUGGCGGUCUUUUCGCGUACGGCAUUCAGUCGAUGGGCGCAAAACGCGGCCUUGCGGCUUGGCGGUGGCUCUUCAUUGUUGAAUUCUGCGUGACCAUGGUCAUUGGUGGCAUUGGCUGGAUAUUCAUCCCGGACUCGGCCGAAACGGCAUGGUAUCUCAGUGACGACGAAAAAGAGGCGAUGCGCAUGAAGAGGAAGCGAGACUACCUUCUCCGAGGCGAGCAAACGUUCGAUUGGACGUGGGCCAAGGAGUCGCUCAAGGAUCCGUUUGUCUACCUCUUGGGCACGGCGUUCUUCACGUCCUCUGUCGCCAUCAACGGCUUUGGCGUCUUCCUGCCGUCGAUCAUCAACGGACUCGGAUAUACGUCCCUUCAGGCAAACUACAUGACCAUCCCCGUCUAUGUUCUUGGUGCCGUCUCUUUAUUGACCCAGGUCUACUUUUCCGAUAAGCUCAAGUCACGAGGUUUCUUUAUUAUCGGCUGCUAUGUGCCGGUGGCCGUCGGUUACCUGAUUUGUGUUGGAACGGCAGCUCCUGGAGCUGGCUACGCGGGAAUGUUUAUUCUCGUCAUCGGUAAGCACAAGCAAAGCCAUGUCAACGUCCCGUUGCAUAGCUAA